CAAUGUAUCAUAUUGGGAUAGGACCCACCCAAGUCAACAACUUCCUUACAACCUUAAACUUACCAUCAGUUAAUGUAAAAACAUUAAGAAGAAGAUGUGAGGAAGUUGGAGAUGAGAUUCAAAAGCUGGCAGAACAUUCGGUACUAGAAGCAUUAAAAGAAGAGUCUAUACGAUCUGCUAGAGACCAUGAGAGACUUCAACAGAUUGGAUCCACAAGUACGAGAGAGAUAAUUGCAUUAUCAACAGAAGAUGCUGGACUAAUUGUACAUGAAGGAACAAGGACUGUCAACGAAAGAAAGGCAACACUAGAAGAAAAAAAUGCGGCAAGGAUGAUUCGUCGCUGGAGAAAGAUUCAUCCUUUGUCUGUUGCCAAUUGCCUGAACCCAUUGACCGGAGCUCAAGAAAAACGUGUUUUGGUUGAUGGCCAUGAGUUCGAGUUUCAUUUUAUAAGGUUAGAACCAAUACCGGGCACGCAGGCAGAUAUUUGUAUUAAUGAAGUUAAUUUUCAUAAUGUUAAUACAGUGUGUAUUCCAAACAGGGAUCUCAACUCAAACCAAAACAACACAGAUAAUAACAAUGUUCACAGUAAUGAUUUUUCUCACUAUUCGUUACAGGAAGUUCAACUUGAACCUCAACUAACAGAUUAUUCUAGUGAUUCGAUUCUCCACCUACACCUAUCCACCAACGACAGUUCGUUAUCUCCUCCGGUCAGCCAUGUAAACAUUGGGCCUUCGGCUUCUUUUCCUGACAACGAAUUAUUUCAGACUGCAAAUGACCACAUCGAUUCUCCUGUUCCGCCAGCAUUGGAAACGCCGACUUUGCAACGCUUUUCCCCAACAGCAAUCUCCGACACAAACAAUCUGAGCUCCACAGAGAAAGACAGGUUAUUUCCCCCAAGUCUUAACUCAUCAUUUUAUUUAUCUCCACCUUCUUUAUCUCCAAUUACAGAUAGGAUAAACGAUUCAAAUUUAGACAAACAGCCACCAGUAUUAUCACCUGUCCGAUUAAGGUCUAACGUGCGACCCCCUAAAAAGUUUACACCAAGUGAUUAUGUCAGGGCUCGUAAGCAAAUUUUUCCGGAAACAGAAAAUGUAAACCAAAAGCAAUUCACUGAUUUACCUUACUUCAUUCAGCGUCAUAUUUUAUCCUUUGUAAUAUACAAAAAUUUUAACAUGUUUUUGACUUUAAUAAGGGUUUCAACACACUUCAAGCAUUUGCUAGGCACCCUUCAUAAAUUGUGUCCUAAAGUAUACUUAAAUGAAAAUGUCAUGUUUUUAUUGGAAGGUAGGUCAGUAUUCGCAGAGGGCGUAAGGCACAACUGGUCUGUUCGUCAGUUAGGCCGUGUAUCGGGUUCGGGUAGUGGAGUAAUGAUGGAAUUACGGAAUAUAUUGCGACCGAUUUCUUCCCGGUGGAUUAAUGGUUACAUCGAGAUACUGGCAACAGCAAUCGCCGGAUGGUAUUAUAUUGUCGAUUUUAAAUUUAAAAAGUAACGGAUAA